UUUCUUUUUCUUUUUCUUUUUUUUCUCAAUCAUUACUCUCAAACAUUCUUUUUCGACGUGUCGAAAAAUGGGUCGAGGCCGAGCUCCUUGUUGCGACAAGACGAAGGUGAAGAAGGGACCGUGGAGCCCGGCCGAAGAUUUAAGGCUCACGACUUUCAUUCAAAAACACGGACAUAGCAAUUGGCGUGCGCUACCUAAACAAGCUGGAUUAUUACGAUGUGGUAAGAGUUGCCGUCUGAGGUGGAUAAAUUACCUAAGGCCUGACGUCAAAAGAGGCAACUUCACGCCUGAAGAAGAGCAAACCAUAAUCAACCUUCACAACUCUAUUGGCAAUAGGACAGAUAACGAGAUAAAAAACGUUUGGAACACCCACUUGAAGAAAAAACUAAAAGACCAACAAAGUACAACUUCUCAUUGCCACAACAAAACUAGUGAAGCAAGUGCAAGUGACCACUCCCAACCAAACCCUACAACCUCAGCUUCUCAGUGUUGUACCUCGAGCUCGAUCGCGUCAUCCGACGAUCCAGAAUCGAACAAUCCACUCAUCAGUCAGGACAUUGAAAAACCUGAUCACUCGAACAAGGACCCGAAAGACUCGAUUAUUUCCGAACACUCGCCGACAUCUUCUUACGUCUUGAAUUCCAGAGAAACAUCGGACUUUUCGAAAAUCGAGGUAAUCACCAUAGAUGAUGACGAAAAAUUUGAAAUCCCGUUAGAGUCCGAUGUGGAUUUUUGGGAACUUUUCGAUUCGUUGGAUGAAAAUCGCGAACCCGAGACCUUAAAAAUUCCCGAACGAAAAAACGGAGUCGAACAUGAAUGGUUCAAAAUGCUAGAGAAUGAACUUGGAUUGGAUUGUGACCAAAAUGAUGUCCCUAAUACGACUUUGGAAAUGGAUUUGGAGCCAGAAAUUGGUCAUGGAUUGGAUUAUUUUCCAUUAUGGCCUAGCUCACCACAUAACCUCGACAUCUAA